CGUCAACUCCAUGCAAAGCCAGGAUGCCACGGUUGACCUUAGCUCUCCUGUUGUCUCUGAUCACCUUCUGUCAAGGGGGUGACGCAGGGACGCCCAGCCUCCCACGCUUCCCUGAUCUUCCCGAUGUCGCCAAGGGAAUGGAGUUCCGCAAGCUGCCUUGUCCAAACCCCGAAGAUAUCUUGCCUUGCACAUGCACUGCAACCGAAAGUAGUGAAAUGGACAUGGACUGCUCUCACGUGGAAAGCGAGGAGCAACUCGAGAGGGUAUUUUCCGCGACCUUUCCCUUCAGCACGUUCCGUAAUUUUACCAUGUAUAACAACACAUUCCUGACGGAACUGCGCAAUCAGUCUCUCGGCAUCGCCUCCUUCACGGGCGUCUACAUCACGAACAGCGUCUUGGAGGCGGUGGAAUCCUAUGCCCUCUCGAACAGCUUCGGCACAGCUCAGGUGAUUAACAUGCAGAAUAACCUAUUGUCUUCGUUUCCCUUCGCAACCGUGUCCUCUUUCACCAGCCUCCUGGAGCUCGACCUCAGUGACAACCAACUGACUUUUCCUGCCAUCGAGUCCGAGUCGCUGCUCAUGCUCGACCUGUCCAAUAACCUGAUUAACAACGUCUCCGUCGCGACCUUCUCUGGUGUGACACAGAUCUCGGAAAUUAACAUGAGCGGAAACCAGAUCCCCGAGAUUCCAACGGGCACAUUCGCGGGGCACCAUAACUUGUACCACGUUAACCUAGCAGGGAAUAAGCUGACCUAUGUCCCCGAGGGCGCCAUACAGCUGACCUCCAGCAGGCCAGGGACAGUUAUUUUGAAAAACAACAACAUUACCAGCAUCGCCGUUAACGGUAUAACGGACGUCGCUAACGGCGAAGUCGACGUCAGCAGCAACGCAAUACAGACAAUGGAGGAAGAUGUGUACAGGCCCAUACUCACGGACGGCGCUACUCUUGACAUCAACAAUAAUCCACUUACUUGCGGAUGCGAUAUCGCUUGGCUCAUCAGAAGUAAAGACUUGCUGGAGAGCGUGGCAGAAGGGGCAGCCUGUUUCGACAAUGAGUUGUUGAUUGAACUCGACCCCGAGAUGUUUGAUAACAUGAAUUGUUUCAAGAAGUGAGGUAUUCCUACACUUGGCGUCGUCCAAAGUCCCUUUCAAUAAAAGAUGAAGUUAAAAAAAAUCCUGCAGCUUUCAAUUCAACCAUAUGUUAUGUAUAUUUUUUUGUGUGUGAUUUGGCGUGCGAUUUCCCUAAAACAGUUUCGUA